AUGUCGCACGAUCCGCGAUAUGUCCCGUCACCACGGCACCCACCGGCAGCUGGAGCCACCGAACCCCCGAGAAUUCAAGAGGGAUUCUAUCGCGCACGAAUCGUCGACAUCCCUAAACGUCGCGAAAUAUCUUCUCGUGCCUCUGCUCGAUCAGAGAGUCAGCAGCCGAUGAUGGACAAGCCUGAGGCCACCAACACGAGUUCCAAACUACGCCAUGCUCAUGAUCACGCGCAUCACUCCAACAGUCCGAGUCACGAUGUGCGUCCUCCUCCGCCACCUCAUUCGCCAAGCCAGAGGAGCGUCAGCAUUGUGCGGAGUUCCUACAUGGAGUAUGAGUCUAGCGCCCCGUCGAGGUCGCCUCACUUCAGCCAGCCAUUUCUUCGUUCACCACAUCCAGCCACUCAUCAGCAGCAAGAAGAUGUGAGGUUGUCGCCUACCGCCGCGCUCCGCGCCUCCCGCGCAUCUCGUAGCUUCCAGCAUGAAGCAGAAGCGAUCCCCCAUCAGUCGGCUCCUCCACCCCGUUUUUCUCAUAGGCGAGAGGAAUAUGAUCCGAGGAGACUGCUUCCCACUGCAGUUCGUCCUCCUCAGGCUUUCCAAUUUGAGCUUGAGGAAGAGCCCCCUCAGCACCACUCCUCUGAGCCUCAUGUACCCGGCCGCUUUCCUUCCUCCCCAGAUCCCCUGCGACAACCAACGGAUACCCGGAUGGAAGGUCUUGUGGAGGAAGUUCCGAGACUGCGUCCGAAGGCCGGAAGUUACCGCGAAUUGCACCCCUAUGAGCUUGGAAUGGUCUAUUCCACUCAUUCUCUAAACCAGACUCGACCUCUAACUACCAACUACGACCAGCAGAACGGUAGCGACCUCACAGAGCCAUUCAUCUUCGAGAUCCCAAGUUCCGGAAAAGUAGACCAUGACGGCAGCAGCAAGACGACUGCCACAUCGAAGCAGGCUGCCUAUUACGCCCGCAAUCCCGCGCAUGAGGCCGAGACGUACCCGCUACUCCGUCGUCUUGGCGAUGACGAGCGAUACGCAACUUCUUUCCGCACCGAGCGGGACGGGGCUGAUGGGCAAGGUGGAGAGGUCAUGCAAACGGACCCAGCUGAGAUUGAUGUGAGGGCCAUCGAGAAUGAGAGGCGCGAGGCGGACAGGAGAAGUGGGCGCUGA